AUGGCUCUCACAGAAGACGUCCAGCUGGAAAUAUUUGCUGCCGCGCGUGCAGGCGAUCUCGAUGAACUGAAGACGCUAGUCGACGGCCUGGAGCCGUCUGAUCUCCUUAAGGUGGUCAACGAGUACACUCAAGCCACUCCUCUUCAUUACGCUGCCGCCAACGGUCACGAUGACUGUGUCGAGUACCUUUUAAAGGUUAUUGAAUCUAAUGCUGAACUGCAACCACUCGUCAAUGCGCGCAACGAUUCCGGCAACACGCCCGUACACUGGGCCGCACUUAACGGUCACCUGGAAACCGUCAAGCUACUGUGUGAGCACCAGGCAGAUCCGUUGCUUAAGAACGAAGCCGGCCAUGAUGCAUACUAUGAGGCCGAAUCUAAUGAUCACGAAGAUAUCGUGGAUUAUCUGCUAGAAAAGUUUGAAAUUCUUCCAGAAGACGACGAUGAAGAAGAGGAAGCCCAACCAAAUGGAAACUAA